GGCAGAUAACUGUAGGAAAACUGAAAUUAUUCCUCUGUGAAAUAUGUCAUCGACGAGAUGUUGAAUUUGCAUGGUUAGGAACAAUAACAGUGCAGCUGCCAUUUAGAGAAAUAUAUAAUCUUUCGCAUUUUAAACAUCUUAGAAAUUUCAGGAAGGAGGCUGAAGGAAUUUGAAAAUGAUACUAAGUAGCUAGCCUAAUCAAAUUCUGCGAUGUGGCUACCAGUAGCUAUAAUGUGAAUUGGGCCGUAUUUUGCUGCUACCUUACGAGUUGGACGUUAUUAAACCACCAACUUAAUUUGGUUUUGAUUCGACUUGUUUUAUUUUUGGAAUCCGAAAUCAGUCUUAUUCACGCAGCAAUUACAUGGUUAACCGGCGACACGGGAGGGUAGCAAUCACCAUAGUGAUGUCCUAUUGCACGUAUUAAGGGUAGGUCCAUUUAAACAACGAAAUUUCGAUUUGCUUUUGCUUUAUUUGUAACGGUGGACUAAUCAUAUCAACGCGCAAUCAUUUGCCCUUGAUUGUCUCUUUACUGGUACCCAGUUAUCUGAAUGUCAGUGCAUCCUCUCGUUUCGGGUCCGUAUCAGGAUAGGCUCCCGUUCUGUGCACACAGAAAACCGACUAAGUGGACUCCCCACCCCUGCAGUGAAUACAUUUAUUGAAAGACGAUUUAUUGAAAAACAUAAUAUGUCGGGACAGUCCAUCACGGACCGGAUCGCCGCGGCUCAGCACAGCAUGACUGGAUCGGCCAUCAGCAAAGCCGUCUGCAAGGCCACGACGCACGAAGUCAGCGCACCCAAGAAGAAGCACCUUGAUUAUUUGAUGCACUGCACCAAUGAGCUGAGUGUGAGUAUACCUCAUUUGGCUGACACGCUGAUUGAGAGGACAUCCAAUCAAAGCUGGGUUGUGGUGUUCAAGACCCUUAUCACCACACACCAUCUCAUGAUGUAUGGCAAUGAGAGGUUUAUCCAGUACCUUGCAUCCAGAAGCACACUCUUUAAUCUGAAUAAUUUCAUAGAUAAAGGUGCAUUACAAGGUUAUAACAUGUCCACCUACAUCAGACGAUACAGCAGAUACCUUAAUGAGCGAGCAAUGUCCUAUCGACUGGUAGCAGUUGACUUCACCAAGAUGAAGAGAGGGAUUGAUGGAGUGAUGCGCACCAUGAGCACAGAAAAGCUGAUGAAGACUCUCCCAAUCAUUCAGAACCAGCUGGAUGCCCUCCUGGACUUUGAGGCCAGCUCUAAUGAACUGACCAAUGGUGUGAUCAAUGGUGCCUUCAUGCUACUCUUCAAGGAUUCUAUCCGCAUCUUUGCUGCUUACAAUGAGGGUGUCAUUAACCUUCUAGAGAAGUAUUUUGAUAUGAAGAAGCAUCAGUGUAAAGAGGCCCUGGAAAUAUACAAGCGGUUUCUUACCAGGAUGACCAAGCUCUCAGAGUUUCUCAAAGUGGCAGAGCAAGUUGGAAUUGAUCAGGUUGACAUCCCAGAUCUCUCACAGGCCCCAAGCAGUCUCUUACAAGCUCUGGAACAACACCUGGCCUCUCUGGAGGGAAAAAAAAGCAAAGAGCUUUCUACUGUCAACAGGGAUGAGAAGCAGCAGGAGGCGGAAAGCAACAGAUUACAGCCAACAAAGGGAGUACAACUCAAAGAUAUUGGUAUGCAGACCCCAACAGUCUCCCCCAGUGGACAGUCUGUGGGCAGUGCCAAUAGCAGCUGCACAAGCAGUGGUACCACUGAGCUCCUCUCCAGCCCACCAGACCUACCUAUCACAAACGGUGUGCACAAUUAUACCAGUGAUCAUUUCGAUGUCCAACACAACCUCAGCAUUCCCGUUCAGACCACCACCCUACCAGCCAAUAACAACGGCUGGGGAGGACCCCUGCUGAAGCCCAGUAUCUCUUCACAGGUCCACGGCCAAGGCACACAACUCCACAAUGGAGGAAAGUUACUGACUAAUGACCUGGACUCCUCUUUGGCCAAUCUAGUGGGCAAUUUGCACUUUGGACCCCCACCCAAAAAGCCAGAGAUGCAGUGGACCCACCUGGAGAAGAAAACCGCAGGAGCCUCUCACUGGCAGUCUAAAGCGAUGAGUGGGACUGCCUCGUGGGGCCACACUCACCUGGCCCCUGCUCCCAUCCCUGUGCCACAGAUGAAUGGAAUGAUUUAUACUGGCUAUGCACCAGCUCCGGUAGCAUUUCCAAUGACAACCCCCCAAGUGCCUGUAUAUGGGAUGAUUCCUCCUCCCAUGGGCCAGAUGGGUUCAGUCCCCUUAAUGGCACCCCAGCCUGUGAUGUACAACCAGCCUGUGCUCCGCACCACCAACCCCUUCACCCCUGUCCCCGGAACUCAGAUGCACUUCAUGUAGCACUGAGGAGAACAUUGGACUGACAGUAGCGCCAGAGGAAAAACAUCAACCAACCCAAAACCAAAUAUGACAAAGCAGACAAGAAAAAUGGUUUAGAGACUGACAUGUUCAUGUGCCAUUUUACCCUUAUGCUGUGUGUUUGUAGCAUACCCUGCCCGACAACAUUACAUAGUCCUGUCAUUUUACAUGUUAUCUUUAGUUUUUAAGUGUCAAAUCUAGUGUUUCUAGAUGGCCCUCUUAGAUGAUGUCACUGACUGAUGCAAAUGGAAUGACGGUGUAUAGUGAAUUGCGGUGGAAUGAAACAAUGUCAUGAUGUCAAGCCCUCUGCCCAACCCCACUCCCUUUGGAAAAGUGAUUGUUGUAAUCGUGCACACUUGAAUCAAUGUUUAUAAUGUCUGAACCAAGCCACGGUUUUGUAUGCACAUUGCCUGAAUAGUGUUUCAAACCAACCACUGUCAGUGUUCAUCAUGCCACAGUUGUGGGCCUCCCAAAUUCCUGAGUCUUGAAGAAAUGUGUACAGGUCACUUUUUUGUACAUUUGUCUUGUCCCUAAACAUUUUGGACUUCACCUUACAAGUUAAAGCUGUUUCUGCAUACAGUAACUUGUAAUGUUUCAUUCAGGUAUGGUAAAGGUAUGGCUGUAUGGAUUAAAAACAAAUACAGCAGUA